AAAACUAUGAAAUCCCACGUAAAUAAACAACCAGUGGACACUCUUGUUCUUUCUUUAUUACCCACUAGCAUCAAAAUGGAUCAAACUCAAAAUUCUGUGUAUCAAUCUUUACAAAUGCAAAUGCAAAUGCAAAACCCUAAUACUUUAUCAUUCACUGAUUUCCAUCACCACCCACUUCCCGAUCUUCCCUCUUCUCACUUUAAUCCUGCCUCAAGCCAUGGAGGGCCUGAAGUAGAAGCUAAGGGCAGUGUAGCUGCAAGGAAAACUCAGAAGGCUGACCGUGAGAAGUUGAGAAGGGAUCGGCUUAAUGAGUACUUUAUCGAGUUGGGAAAUGCAUUAGAUCCUGAUAGGCCCAAAAACGACAAAGCAACCAUUAUAACGGAUACGAUUCAGUUGCUAAAGGAUUUGACAUCCCAGAUCAACAAACUAAAGGCGGAGUAUGCUACCUUGACCGAAGAAUCUCGCGAGUUGACUCAAGAGAAAAAUGACCUCAGAGAAGAGAAGGCAUCCCUUAAAUUAGACAUUGAGAAUCUAAAUACUCAGUAUCAGCAAAGAGCUAGAGCUACAUAUCCUUGGGUUGCUAUGGAUCACUCGGUUGUUAUGGCCCCAACAUCUUAUCCCUACCCGAUGCCGGUGCCGAUGUCUGCAGGACCAAUUCCAUUGCAUCCAUCUAUGCAACCAUACCCUUUCUUUGGAAACCAGAAUCCUGCCGUAUUGCAUAAUCCAUGUUCAACUUUUGUACCAUAUAUGAACCCCAAUGCCUUGGUUGAUCAGCAAUCCAACCACCAUGCAUCUUUGCACGCACAGCCUGCCAGCGGAUCUGAAUCCCAUGUUUCAGGCAAACGUGAUUCAAAGAAUAGAUUAUCAGGGGAGAGCAAGACGGGAAAGAGUGUCGACUCUAAUGAUGUUACAACAGAGCUGGAGUUGAAGACUCCAGGAUUAACAACUGAUCAGGAUACGUCUUCAGGACAAAGAAAAACCAAAAAAUAUCGAGGAAAGGAAAAUAAUGUUACAGAUGUGAGUUCCUCCAGUAGGGGUUCUUCAUCUCGCAGUUUCCAGGAUAGCUCAUCUAAUAGCAUAGCCGGUAGUACAAAAACUGAUGACGGAGGCCAAUGAAAGACCAAAAAAUAAGUAGAAAGUCAGGAGCUAAUUAACAGCAGUAGUUGACUCUUACAAUGGCAUCACAGAUAACGGAACAGAGAUCAUCAACAGAGAAGUAAGAUCGCUAUUGCUAAAGAUGAACUAGAAUAACCAUGAGCGUCAAACUCGGCCUGAUUUAAUGGGGAAAAAUUCGGAGACCGGCCAUUGAGCCGGGUUUAAUGAGCUUACUAUCCAUUUUGAUAGAAUUGUUUAUCAAAUUCAUUGAAAUUGUCCAUAUUCUCUGGUCCGGAUGAACCACCCGGGUCUAUAAUUGUUUCUUAGCAUAUGUAUAUAAUGUCUUAAGGAUGUAAUUAAUAGAGAUGGUAUGUUUAAUAUGAGACCUGCUGCAUUAUACUAUCAGGCAGAUGCCAAGAAUAGGAAAUGAUAUUUAUAAAAAGUGUAUUGACGAAUCUCAUAUAAAUGAUUUAAAAAAUAAUACGGACAUUAUUUUUUUAGAA